UAGAAAUGUACAGAAUGUACAGAAUCAUCUGGUCGUUCGACGGCGUUGUGCUUGAGCUCCGAACGAAGGAAAACUAGGAAAAAAAAAAAAUUGCCUGCUUGUGUUUUAGUCGAGAAUUUUCUGCUCCUCCGAUCAUUGGGCGAACAAGUGAGCCAGCCUCUGGCCGACCCUGUCGAUUUACGGGUCACGUAUUUGCACGUAAAUUCGAUUUUUUCCCCUUCUCGUACAAGUUUGGCCGAGAGACAACUGCAGUCGGUGCGUUCGGACAACGUCGCGCAGGCGUCUCAAGCGGAUUCGAUGCAACAUGGAAGCGAAGCGACUUGAGAACAAGCGGCGAAAGGAAAAAGAAAACUCCGGCAAGGAAGUCGACAGUCGAGCUGAGAAGAAGCGUCUUCUGAAACACGACUGGAGUCAGACGCACGCUGAAGUGAGCGCUACGUUGGAUGUGGGCUUUCCCGUGGAUUCCAACCAAGUGACCCUUGAAUGCACAGACUGCCAGUGUUCGGUCACACUGCCAGAUGGUCGUCAGUGGCAGUGUGAGCUGUAUGCCCCAGUGGUGGCCGAAUGUACCAGUCUGGUUCAGAGAUCCAAAAGAGUGGUGGUGAAAAUGGUCAAGCAGGAUCCCAACAUCGACUGGCAGCAACUUGAGAAAGUGGAAGGGGCGCCAGCGUCGCUGCCGUCUUCCGAUGAAGAGUCAAAAGAUGUGAAUCCACCUGUGGAACUUGUCAAUCCCAAGUACGACUACUACGAGAGUGGGGCAAAUGGCGACACGGUCACAGUCACACUGUUCGUCAAGAGCAUCUCCAAGGAGGCAUUGGCUGUGGACUUUGAUGAAAGGGGCUUCCUGGUGAAGUUUCACACCAAGAACACCAACACUGAGUUUUUGGAGCAGCAUGGCGCAUCAGAGGAGACGACGUUCACAUGGCGGGUCAACGUUAAUUGCACUUCACACCUUGAAGAGGCACAAUUGGUGUCGAGGACUGAGCCUUUGGACUUCAGCGGAGUUAUCCGUUUGGCGAUGGACUGGAAGAACGACCAGCGCCAAGGGAACUAUGUCCUUGUCGAGUCCAAAGAAGUGGAGUACUCAAUGUCUGACGAUGACCGCAGCAUGUCCAUUUAUGAGGAGGACGGCAUCACGCUGCACCAGUGCCUGCGGCUGUUCACGGAGCCCGAGGUGCUGGACCCGCAGGAGGCGUGGUACUGCCCGAGCUGCCGCGAGCAUCGCCAGGCUACCAAGGAGUUCUCCCUGUGGCGGCUGCCCGUCGUGCUGGUCAUCCAGCUGAAGCGCUUCUCCUUCACCCGCUCCAUCUUCCGCGACAAGAUUGACAAGAUGGUCGAGUUCCCCGUCUAUGGCCUGGACAUGAGCCCUUACUACUGCGGCCCCAGGAGCACCGAGGGUCCCUCUACCAUAUACGACCUUUUUGCUGUCACCAACCAUCAUGGCGGCAUGCUUGGUGGCCACUACACCGCAUUCGCGCGCUGUGUCGACCCCGUAGACACACACCUGAGCGAGAUCGGCUGGCGGCUGUUCGACGACAGCCGCGUCGUCGACGUGUCGGACCCUCGCGUCGUGACUGCGUCGGCGUACAUGCUGUUCUACCGGCGCCGGGGCGUCCCAUUCGAGCUGCCAACCGUGGUGCCUCGCGCCUCACCCUCCGCCUCGAGGCUCGUGCCCGUGCAGUCGCAGAAACUCGUGAAAGACCAGGAGAACUUGCUGGGCCAGGAGCUGGCCUGCCUCAGCGACAGCAACAACAACAAGCAGGCCUGCGAGACGUCCGACGACUCGGCGAUGGACGAGGAGGAAGACAUGAACUGCCCUGACUGAUGGCUGGGGCUUGGGGCAUCAGUGACCCCCCCUCACUCUAGGUGGUUUUGAAAUUGUUGCUUUUCUUCUCCUUUGUGAGGCGUGUUUUGUUUCUCCUUUCUUUUUCUAUUCUUAUUUUCUAAAGCAGCUGCUUUUUGCCUUCAUCGUUUUCCUUCUGGAAAUGUACGGAAGGCCAAAACAAGCCCUGGUGGUGCUGCGAAUUCGGCAUGGGGAAAUUAUCUACAACCAGUUAGUGCAGUGAGGCAGACUGGUUGGUGGCUGGAACUUGCGAGAUCAUGUUUGCAGCGCAGACUUGAUAAGCACACACACAGAAAGGAACAAGUAGACCGGACGAGCUCUGGUUGAGACUGGCCGAGCACUUCUCGUUUCUUUUUUGCGUGUGUGAAAUCCACGCUGAAAACAUGAAUGCAAGCUAGCUACAACCAUCACCCUCAGGCCUGGUUGUAGGCAAUUCACAAUAUGUGAAUUGGGGCUAUUUGAAGGUCUCCUUGCAAGCUUUUCUGAGUACAGCGUGGUGUCGUGAAGAUGGUGGAUCCCAGCCUUGUGAAAGAGACUUCAAGAGAUUGUUGGUGCAAUUUUAUUGGCAAUGUAGCACCUUUCAUUAUGUCGUAGUAGACAUAAAAUUUUGCAAUUAAUUCGUGACAAAAUAUUGGAGCUUACUCGUGAAGUACAGAAAGCCCUCAUACCUGUUCAAAUCAACAACAUAAAUUUUUGCUAACAGAAUCUUGCAGGCAAGAUUUUUUUCUAUUUAUUCUUCCGAUGAAAGACACCACCACGCCACGACUGAGGGAAAGGUUGCUUGCAGAAUUUCAAAUAUUCUUUCAAUUGCAUGCUGUUAAAAUUGUUGCCCCCCCCUCCCCCUUCUUUUUUUUUCUCCUCCUUCCUUUUAUGCAACCAUCUCAUUGCUUGCACAAAAGUCUUGGAAGGCCAGUACAAGUCCAAGUCUUACUUGUUUGUUUAUAUGAUUAAGUGAUAUGUGACUUCAUGCUCCAGAGAGAUCUCUUGUGGGCUCUAUGGCAUUGAAGAAGAAAACGCACAGCUUUGAAAAUGCUACACAGUUUUUUACCAACUAUUUAAGAGUGCUGUGCCAUCGUUUUUAAUAUAGUCAACACUUGCUAAUUUAGCAGUGACAAGAGCCAUUGCAUUGAGACAGUGUUUCAGCUCACCAGUUUAAAAAAGAUCAUCAUUGUAUCACCAGCAUUCCUUCUUAUGCACAUGAGCAGCCCUUGCUGCUAAGCAUAGAAGGAGCUGAGGAAUUUACUUUCAUUAUAUGUAAGGAUUGAAGCAGCGCUGGCGACUUAUUUUGCGAUGAGUGCAGCCUGACACUUGCAAAAAAUGUGCUCAUGCAGUUUCAUGUCAACUGGCAGUGCUCGCUGGCAGGGCAGAAGCUGGUGUGGAAGCUAAGUGCAUCCUUUCAUCACAGCAAAAAAAGAAAUAAAUAGAAAAGACAAAAGGAUCAGCCUUUUCAACUGUUACACCAGUGCUACACGGGGCACUUAAGAUCGUAUUCGAGCCCAACAGUUAUCGAAUUUCAAAAUCACCUUUAGGCUCCUUUGUGCAAACUGUAGAAGGGAGCCAAUCACAAUCGAGAAAAUCGAUCCCAAUCUUAAGUGCCCUGUGUGAACGGAAGUAUUACAGCGCUACCUUGUUGUUUGGUUGAGGAAAGUAAUAGAGAAGCAAUAAUGUUUCUUUAUUAUAAUUUUUUUUUCUUACAACAAGUCGUUGUUUGUUUUGAUGCUUGUUUCAGUAUUGAUGAGGGGAAUGAUGGCAAUGAGUCUUCCUUAGCCAGAAAAAACUGCUCCUGGUUUAUGUAAAUUGGUUUUUGUAUGUCCGUAGUGUUAAGGUAGGAAGCAUCUCUGCAUUCAUGUAUACAUACUCUUCAAUGUCGACAUGACAGCCCUGGGGCAGUAUUCUUGCCUGAACACUUUUGAUGAUGUCACUUUUGGCAGUGUUUAACUGCUCCUGUGUAUGCAAAUUAGUUUCUUUAACCCACUGGUGUUGGGGCCAGGGGCAGGAAAGCAUCCCUAAAUUUUAUUAGACUUCCGUUAAUUCGACUCUGGUUAAUUUAAUUUUUCGUUAAUUCGAUCCCAACCAAAGGUCCUGGCUGGUGCCCAUGCAUUUCUAUGGGCCCAAAUUUUCUAUAUUUCUAUCCUGAAAUUGGCCUUCGCUGGGUAACUUGAAAUUGACCAGUCAGCAUGCACACGCCUGACCCCUAUGAUGAUCCCAAUAGCGAGCCCUUUAGUGGUAGCGUCCGUCUCGGCGGAGCAUAGCAGACAGCGAAUGCGUUGACUCAUCAUCUCCCAUAAAAAACUAAUCUUCAGCCUGCCCUAGGAAAAUUUUCAAACAAUAACCGUAACUCGCAAUGUCUGAUUAUGGUAUUUACCCGAUUCUAACAAGCACCUUUUGUUUUCAAGACACUUUAGCCAUAAAUUGCCUAAAUUGCAAGACACUUUAGCCAUAAAUUGCAGUGCAGUCAGAUUCAAAAAUAAAACUUCCUUCGCAGCGUUCGUUUACUUUACCGCAUAACACAGGUGUUUUGCGGCGAAGCUGACUUGAAAUAAUUUGCAGUGAAGCUUACUUUACGAUACCGGCCGUCAUUGUGCAACACUUAUGAGACCCUCUCCCAUUUUUGUCGCAAAAAAAUUGCGUUAGAUUUCUAAUUUGUUUAGGAGCUUUAAUGCCACUUCUGCAUUAGUUUUCUCCAUUGGACAUACAGUAAGUGGGCACGCGUUUUUUCUUUCAGGGGUACGUUAGAAUUUUGCUCAUAGUGCCAAAUAAAUCAGCGUUGUGUUUUGGUGUUUUUUCUACAUCUUGCUUAAUUCGACCCGCCAGAUAAUCCGAUCAAGUUCGUUGGGCCUGCCAGGUUUGAAUUAACGGAAGUCGACUGUAUGCAUAUUCUCCAAAAUUAUUGAGGUGAUGACACUGCGGUCGUAUUGGAAUAAACACAUUCGCUCUUGGCAACGUCACUUUAGGCAGUGUAUUAUUACUGCUCUUGUUUAUGUAACUUUGUUGUGUAACUUUGCUGGUAUUUAAAGCAAGGAGCAUCUCCCAGCUCCAACGCCAGUGAGUUGAUAGUACUGGGGGCUGUAUUCUCUAAACAAUUUCUGUGGUGCCACUGCUGGAGAUGUCACUGUUAGUGAUGUUAUUUAUGGUUGUGUAUAACUGCUACUGUUUGUUAAAUUUUUUUUUAUAUGGCUUUGCAUUUUAAGCCAGAGAGCAUCUUGCAGGCUCACAUAUUCUCCAACGCCAAUGGUGACAUUACUGGCGCUGUGUUCUCAACUGAAUGCAUCUGUUAUCAAUCUCGGCAGUUCCCCAUUUUGGUCAGGUCAACUUUUGACGGUGUUAACGGUGCCGCCAUUUGCAAUGUCACUUUCGGUGUGGUUUAAUUCAUUAGGUUAGCGAAGGCCUAGUUCUCGAAAAUAUUUCAUGAAUGCGCACAUCUCCUCCUCCCUUAUUUUUCAUGCCUUAUAGUUCUCGGGUUCCACGCGCAGAACUUCCUGCCACUACUGUGAGGCUUUAUGCUUCUUGUUAUGUCAGGUAAAAGUUCAAGUUAUCUAUGGAAGAGUUCCAUCCAAAACACUGUCAUUGGCCUGUGACUGUCGUGUUGCUUCGGUCAUGUUGCAUGCUGACAUGCAUCAGUGGGUGCGAGAGAAAAGAUAAGCUUUUGGCUUCCGUCAGCAACCUAUAAGUCACAAAGAUUUCACGGUGUUUAAUAAAAGUGCAUGUGGGCUGCGUGCUAUAUACAUUAUUGAAGUUGAAGCCUUCGUGGAUCUGAUUGUUACUCAUUUCAAGCAGUAUUCUUUUUCUUUAGGAAUUCCUUAAUUCACACGGAUGGUAGCUUAACUUUUGGCCUCAUGGAAGUUUAACAGCCUCAUGUUCUUGUACCGUAUUUCAUUGCUUCAGGAUAAGAGCUCAUUAGCGAAGUAUUAUGUGUGGCUGAAAGUUUGUGUUGGCGCAUGCUUCGUGCUUUUGAUAGACUCAGGUCGAUUUCUAAAACUAUGUUAAUAGCCUCCAAGUAAAUCGGGGGGGGGGGCUCUUAACACACUCGCCGAUGUGACUUGGCACAAUGACUCGGGUCAAUUUCAAAACAUGCUGUGUUAAGAGCCCCCAAGUAAAUUGGGGGGGGGGGGGGGGCUCUUAACAGGUGGUGAACAGUGCUCCGAUUUUUAGAAUCUGUCUUCUUGGUUUGGUAUAACAGGUAUAUGCAUAGUUUUAUGCAUAGGCAAUUUCUGGCGUUGUUGCCAUCAUAGGCUGAGAGUAGUACCGAGUCAUUGAGGCAUGAUGCUUAGUCUGUGAUGGAGGGCUGCAUGGUCAAGCAAAGUUUGAAAUGUCAGGUUGGUAUAUUCUGUUUCAGAGUAGAUGUGAUCAAGGCUGAGGUAGAAGAUAAGUUUAAGACCCUCUCGGUUCUCCAUGCAUAUUUCUCUUUUAAUUAGCUUUGUUGAGAUUAUCCUGUGGUGUGAGUGCUAGCAGGUUGGGAGGCCAGAAAUUGUAGGCAGUCACACCGCAUUUGAAGCACCGAAGUGUUGUGUUGAGAGUCUUUGAGUGCUUUUUUUUUAUAAAUAUACUGACUGAAUACUUCUAGUUAGCAAAAUGAAAUGCCAUACUACACUGCCUCUUCUCUAACCUAGUGUAUGAUAACCAGGAGAGUUAGCGACUUCAGCCUUGUUCUGUCUUAGCUUGCAGUGCUGGUCUUGUUAGCUUUGAUUGACAGCCACACAAUGCAUUUUACGAUAAGACAUUUCUCAUGAAGCAUGCUCUGCAAGGUUCAGUUUGUGCCUGAAUAUGUGUAACUUCUCGUGAAAUGGCAGCUGGCUAGUUAGGUCUGACUUGUGUUAACUUUUGGUUGUCUUCUUUCUUUAAAGUUGGUGUAAUUUUUAAGCCACAUGUUAAAAGCUGCAAAUUAACAGUCAAACCUUGUUUAUAAUGACGCCCUAUUCUGCACGAAAUUACUUCUGUUACAUCCAAUAUUUGUUAUAAGCAUACAGACUGAUGUCGGCGGAAAUAAAUUCACGAAAUUUUAGUUUUACCGCAUUGUAUCAGAUAAUUUCUUAUAUAUUUGUCUUUGUUAUAUUGAAGUUCUUGUCUAUAAGCUAAGUGACGACAUCUAAAGUGGCAACAAGGUCUGUACUUGUCUGAUGAAAAUGAAAAGGAUAUUGCUUAUAGUAUAGAGGUAUUUUAAAGUUUGUUUCCACCUCAAUGUUCUCCUAGGCUGCACUGAAAAAUGUCUAAGCUUUGCAAUAAAAAUAACUAAAGUGCAGACACAUUAUUCAGAGGUUUGUGUUGAUCAGUAAUGUGUAGAAUAUCCAUCAAUAGGCUGUCAUCAAAAAAGCUUAAGAAACCUGGAAGCGGAUGCAAUCGUCUAUGAAUUUUGAGAUUAUUUAUGGCCACCUCGGCAUUAGUAAGAAAGAGUUUGUGUACAUGUGCAUUUGUGCCAAGUUCUUUCUGGCUUUGAUUUGCGUUACAGGCAUGUUUCUUCUGACACAUAAAUGCUUUGUCCUCUCAAAAUCCUAAUUGAACAACACUGCAACAGGCUAGUGUAGUAUUAGGGACAUCCCACUUUUAUUGAUGUCAGCUCUGUUCUAGCCACUGUAGAUGCUUCCCAAGUCGGUAAAGUAAGAUUUUAGUUGUUAUGCUGCUUGCCACUUAACCCGCCUUAGUAAAAUGCUAGGUAGUAGUGAACAUGUUCAUUGCCAUCUGUGAAUUGUACUUCCGUUUCACUUUUUGUGAUGGUUUGAAUGUGAACGUCUUGUUUUCUCUUUGUCCUUUCUCCUUUGUUGUUCCUCCUGUCUUGAUGUUCAUUUUUGACGACAGUGUUGUCUUUUUACAACAACAGUGUUGCUUCUUUGCUUUGUUAGUGUCGACUAGCACUCAAGUCGCAAGCUCGACAUGCAUCAUUCUGUGCACAAGCCUGCCUUGUACCAAAGCUGUAUAUAUUUUUACCCCAGCGGUGAAUCUUGUUGUUUUGUCAAUAAAAUCCAGUGCAUGAACAUUGGA